UGCACUAGAUAAGGAAAUCUAAUGUGCUCAGGGAAGUAGUGUCAUUGUGCUGAACGCUGCAGCAGCCAGGAACAGCCCUUCUUCUCUGCAUUGUACAAAAUGCCCUGGUUCAGUGUCACUAAAGAAGUGGCCAUGGGCACUGCGAUGCUGGGGGUUGCUUUUGCUACCGGAGUCCUAGCAGGCAAGCGAUAUCCUUCUAUAUUUUUUGGAGCGUCCAAGUCAUCUAAGACUGUUAUUGGAAAAGACAGCCCACUCUGGCAGUACAUAUUGGAUCAUUCUUUAAGGGAACACCCACUUCUAAAGAAGCUGCGACUGCUCACCUUGGAUCACCCCUGGGGCAGAAUAAUGGUGUCCUGUGACCAGGCUCAGUUUAUGGCAAAUUUGGCUAAACUCAUCAAAGCAAAGAAAGUUAUUGAAAUUGGUGUUUUUACAGGUUACAAUACUUUGAACAUGGCACUCAUCUUGCCAGAUAAUGGCAGAGUUGUUGCUUGUGAUAUAAAUGAAGAUUAUGUCAAUAUUGGGAAGCCACUGUGGAAAGAGGCGGAAGUGGAGCAUAAAAUUGACUUGCGGAUUAAACCAGCAAGUGAAACACUUGGAAAACGCAAAGCCAAGAGCAUGGGAAAGGCAGAUGCAUUUGACUCUGUCCAGAAGAAAAAAAACACUGAAGAGGGACAUGAAGAACUGCUGGCUGCUGGCGAAGCGGAGACCUAUGACUUUGCUUUCAUUGAUGCUGAUAAAGAAAGUUCCAAUGAGUACUAUGAAAAAUGUUUGCGUCUUGUAAGGAAAGGAGGAAUAAUAGCCAUUGAUAACGAAGCACUUAGGACAAUGGGGCCUUGAGCUUUUCAGUGAUGCUGCAAUGUGAAUGUUAAUCUACAACAGUGGUUUUCAACCAAUGGUCAGUGGACCCCUAGGAAUCCAGAGACUACGUCUAACUGAUCCGCGAAAGAUGACUAUGAGCUAUCAAAAGUAUGUGAACAUCCACACUUACAGUUCAAAGAGGUCUUCACCUCCAUUCAAAAUUUUUUACAGGUCCACAAAAGAAAAAAAAGGUAGAAAAAUCAUUGGUCUACAACAAACAACAAUUACCAGCAUCUUCUAAGAUGGCAGUAAAGGUAACUUCAAAGCUGCCAAAUUUGGGCCCACUGUACUUCAGUGUGUCAGAGAGCAGUGUCAUUAUGCAUCUUUAACUCACCCAGCUGCAGAGAUGGUUCUCACAAGCAGCUUAAAGGUACUGCACAGGAUGGGGUAAUAACCUGCCACUGACCAGCACACAACGCAGCCUUUCCCCUCUGGACCUCUCUGUGACUGCAUAAAGGUCCUGCAGACUGGAUUUGGGGAGAGAGUCAGAAUUGGGGUGAAUAAUGUUAUCCUCAACCUCAUUCUUUGGUCAACGGAUUUUCUGCAGCAUGCACGCCCACCCACCCACCCACACCUUGUGACUGCCAGAAUUUAUAAAGAAAGGGCAGAACUAGGAAAUGCAGCAUAAACCAAGAUGCAUUAUAGCUCACAACCAAGCCCCACUACUGCUGCAGGUACAGGCCUGGGCUGCCAUGGCUCAGGGACAGAAUCCCUACAGAUCGGCUAUAGUACCUCAUAGUGCAGUCACCCCCUCUAACUCGGCACCCAGGGCUAGUGCCCUGAUCACCUACCCCUAAGAAAGCUACUAGAGGUUACAAGUAAAAUCAGGACCAGAGACAAGAUGCAUUUAUUCCUUGCAAGUCUUUUCCCCUUUUGUCCCUUUUCUCUGCUUUUCUUUUCAAGGAAAACAGUUGGACUUUGACUGCUCCAGCCCAUCUCAAUUAAUAUUAACUCUUAAGACAAACAGUUGGUCUUUACCCCAAUUCCAAAGAACGUAAAAUGAGGAUUUUUCCCUAUGAAACCUCUCUACAGCUGAAGAAAAUAAGAAAUCUUGCUGAAACAGAAUCCUGGCUUCAUGCUGUUCAUUUCAAACACUUUAAACUGGUUUCUCCAUCUUUAACACAAGGUUAUAAAGAAUGCAUAAUGAUGUUUUUUGUCAUGGGAUUAUUCAGGCAAAGAUUCUCAGGGCCAAGUGCUCAAAAAUCCUGAUCCAUCUUUAACUGUUUUGUGUUGUAAAGAGUCCUGGUUAGCACUGCUAACACUGCAGUGCUAGUUGGUUUAAGCCACUGUGCCAGUUCUGGAAAGAUGGGAAUUACAUUAUUUCCUAGCCCUUUGGGCAUACAAGCAGCAGGAAUCAACCAGCGCCCAGGCUCUCCCUUGUUCCAUGAGAGAAGAUGAUCUUGGGGCAUUCUGAAGAGCAUGUCAUCUUUUGAAAGGACAUUUUAAACAUCAUGUCCUUCAGAACAGUAAUAUGCUACCCACUCAGUACCUAAGGUCAGUCAAGUACAAUAUUUAUGAAGCCAGCAAUAAGAUUCAGAAUUUAAGGAAGAAAUCCAGGCUGCAUGAAGAUAACAAGGGCAGUAAAAGUGCCAAAUGUUCAGCAAAAAAUGACAUUAACUGCCCUCAAGUUUCUUUGUGAUAUCUUUUAUUAGACCAACUAAAUAGUUGGGGAAAGUGUUCUUUGCAAGCUUUCAGGUACAAACAGCCUUCUUCAGGCAGAGGGAGAGUCUAUAGUUGUAUUAUGCUCCCCUGGAUAGCCUAGAAGCCACUAUCGGCCCUCUGGUGGCUAAAGUUUCAACUGACACAUUAUAUUUCUAAUAGGCCGAGUUUUCCAUAGAGCUUGGUACCCAGCUGGUCCCGAGCUGGGACAUUUAUGGCAGGUUAAAAAAAAAAAAAAAAAAAAAA